AUGGGCUCAUGCAGGACAGCGGCUGAGAAGAUGGAGGACGACGGACGAAGGUCCCGCAGGACGCGGGUGCAGACGAGUUGGGUCCAGGCGAAUGGCCAUAUUUUAUCCGAGAGUGCGGCUUUGAAGAGAGCGCUCAAACAGAGUUUGAUCGAAAGUAAGAAGAACCCGCCGAAACGGAGCGGGUCCGAACUGGACUCUCCCACUCACAGAAGACGUCGAACCGACCAACCCACAAACUCCCAUGUCACGCCCCUCGCAAGCGCUACUCCGAGUGGGGCAAACAAGAAGAGUGAACGUGUCAGAUCACCAGCCAAAGAAGCCAGGAGCAAAUCUAACGAGAGCGCCGAUCGACGCUCGACAGGAACGAAAUGUAAAGAAAUGACGCGAACCGCCGCUCCUCUUGUGGACGCGCGACCCGCCAGAGACAAACGGAUGAAAAUACGUCGAGAUUUCCUCGAAGACACCAUGCGAGAGAUCAGCAAGAGUCCUCGGAGAAAGUACUGCGCCCAACGGAAAUUCGCCAUGAAUUGCAACGGUGGAUAUUCAUCGUCGCCGAUGAACACCCCGAUCAAGGCUUUCAUGUCUCCUGGACCCUCGAAUCCGCCCCCUCCGUUGAUUCUCCCCGCAGCUGCCACGCAAAGCACUUCCCCCUUGAAACCCACCUGUAAAACCGAAGAUUUUCUAACAUUCCUCUGCCUCAGAGGCACGUCGCUCUGCCCCGACGAUCUCAAAUUCCUCGAAAACCCACCUAGCUACGAGACGAAGACAGAUGAGAAGUCGAAUAUCCUCGCGAAAACAAAACGUAACCUCCAAAGAAAGCUGUCCGAAGUCGUCGACGAGAUCCGACCACCCCGCAGAUUACGAGAUUCGACCGACAGCAUAGAUUCGGCUAACAACCGUAAGGAGCUUGUCAACCACGUCGCCAAGUUGAUUUCAGCCAAAUAUAAAAAGAGCAUCGGGAUAUCCCAGAGACUUUCGGCCCGGCAGUCGAGCAGCGAUAGUCGGAGUUCGACAUCCACGUCACGAGCCGAGAGAUUGAAACUCCGACAGAAAAAGGUCGCGCUCAUCGAAAAGGAGAACAAACGGAGAUCGCGAAACGCCAACGAGAACGGCGAUCCGGGAGACAAUCUCAAUCAUAGCGUGGCUCAGCGGCGGACUGCGUUGAUCAGAUCUCAGAGUCGACGGACGCAACAGAAUUCUCGGAGAACUAACGUGGUUGCGAGAAGCUUGGUGAGACGAGCGAAGACGAACGGACCGUCGAGAGCGAACGGGAUAGAGAACGACGAAGACGUCGAUGAUGAUGAUGAUGACGACGACGAGAGGAGAGCGACUCGAAGUUUGGGGCCUAUUGCUGAGGUCGCCUUGCCCAUUUGGCCUCAGUAUAAGCUCAAACAGUAUGAGAUGUCGCUCUCCAAGAAGACCGCCAGCAAUCCUCGCGACUCGAAAACACCGAAGAGAAUAGAGAAGCGACGCUCGGAAAGAAUCAGCACUUCGAUCGAUUGUCCCGGGAGCACCUCGUCGCGGAAGAGCGUUCGACAACGCGCGAGCAGACCUGAAGCCAGAGACAGCGUGGAGUCCAAUGAGAGAAUGAACUCGAUGUUCCUGAUCAGCUCGCCGGAAGAAGAAAGAGCGCUCAAUGGUCUGCUCUCGACCCAAUUCGAAGGUGAAUUCGGGGGUCUCUCGACCUUGACUUCAACGUCGCCUGUCCAGGAUACACCAAUAAAGGCCACACUCAAUUUCAUGACCGAUUGCGGAAGUCCCAGCGGCAGUGUCAUUUCACGGACGAGUGAUACGUCAUUCAGAAAAUCAACCAGCUCCGUGGACCUAUCUACCUCGAGUUCAAAAGUGACGAAGAAUCGCAAAAGCCAAGUCAGAUGGUCGAUUGGGGAAACGAACACCCCUCCGCCGGCGAAAUGCGAAAUGGCCACCUGUCUCGUAUUCGAGCCCACGGCCGAAGAAUUCCAGGAUCCUCUCAGAUAUAUCAGGGACAAAAUGACCUCAAUCGACAAGUCGAACCAUACGAUGUUCAAAAUCGUGACUCCGAAAUUAAAAGAUUGCAAGAGCACUGCCAAGGCGGACUGUCGACUUUCGAAUGAUAUGAGAUUUUUAGCUUAUAAUCAAUUCCUGCACAAAUUAUGGCGACGUUGGGGACCGUCCACGCUACAGUACGCCUGUCUCCGGAAAGCUGUGAAGAUUUCCGAGGGAAAAGAAACAAAUGAUGCGGUUGAAUCAACUGAUGACGAAAUCCUGCACAAGAGAGGUUGCCCCCUCAUCGGGGGGGUUGAAGUUGACGUCGGUCAUCUGUACAACACGGUCCAGAACUUUGGAGGAAUCCAACAAGUUAUGGAGAAGAAGAAAUGGGUCCGCGUCGCCGAUACGAUGCGGAUCCCUCGGAUGGCGCACGAUAGAGUCGCUCGUCUCGACGAUGCCUAUAUGAGAUACUGCCUACCUUUGGAAGUGAUGAGCGAGCAAGAGAAGGAGGAGGUCUUCAAAAAGGUGAAGGAAGACCACGAGCGGCGGCGCUCGGAGGACAUUUGGGACGAGAACGAAACGCUCGAAUGUGUCUGGCCUGGUCGCAACAUGACUCUGGCGGUUUUCGAACGCGUCGCUCGGAACAUUUACACAAUGUGGUACAAAGAAGACUCGGGAGUUCUCUCUGAGGAUGUGGAGCACGAUUUCUGGGCAAUCGUCGAAGCUCGGAAAAGACACGUAGUCGUGAACUGCGGCAACAUCGACACUCUGGCAUAUGGCUGCGGCUUCCCUCAGCCGCAAUGCGCGCUCCCCGAGCAGAGGAAACGGAAAGCUGAAGACAGUCCCGUAAAAAACGAGCGAGUGAUUCCCUGGAACACGAAAACGCUCGCCCAACACCCCGACAACGUCCUGAGAUGGCUGGGGAACGUCUCCGGUGUGACGACCCCGACUCUCCACGUCAGUAUGCUCUUCACCGCGCUGCCGUGGUACCGAGAUCCUCACAACGUCAACUGGCUGGACUUUCAUCACAGCGGCGCGACACGGAUCUGGUAUUCGGUUCCCGCGAGUCAAGCCACACGGUUCCACGAGGUCGUGUCGAAACUCGCCCCUCACGUCCAUCAGAGUGAUGUCGGCAUCCCUUCGGACGCCUGCUUGAUUCCACCCCAAAUGCUACUCGACCGUGGAGUCCAAUUGGAGCGGAUCGAGCAAAAACCCGGAGAAAUUAUGGUGAUCCUCGACGGGUGCUAUAGUUCGAACGUAAGCUGCGGCUAUAGCAUCUCUGAAAGCGUCUACUUUACAUGGAAUGAUUGGCUUGCCGACUGCCGAGAAAGAUUCAACACCUUGCGAGAGAAUAGUGAACCACCGACCUUCUGCUUGGAGCAAUUAGUCGUCAACAUGGCGAUCGCUGGAGCCACCCAAGGCAGCAAGAUGGAACAGGCUUUACUAAGGGACGUGAACGAAAUCCUGAGCCGGAUGACCCAGGAGCUCGGGAACAGUUGGGAUGCCUUGGAGAAAGACGGUGUCCCGAUGGAGAGGAGAGAACAAAACACAUUUCCCAUGGAAUGUGCUUGUUGUCGCAUGCUUUGUGGGCUAGCAGCUGCCGUCAGCCAAGACUCGUCGGAGCCAGGACAGAUAUUCUGUCUUCCGGAUGCGAACCAAACUCUGUUGACUUACGCUGCCGCUCCCGUGACACAGAAGAACAACAAGAAGCAGAAGAUCACGAAUACUUUAUCGAAGCCCGGGAACAAAUUUAAGAUCGUUUAUUGUUACAACAUGGAGGAAUUGCGGACAAUUUUGAAAAAAAAUCCAACAGAAACUCAACAUAUGAUAGUUACGACCGUACCUUCGAUAUGCACAAUGAAAUGA